AUGGGUGUCUCCACGGUUUUGAAAAGGGCUAGGAAUUUACUAGCGACGUUCAUAGUAUGCUGUUUCAUGGCAGUGGUGCUUGUUCUGGCGCUGGUACGUCAUUUCAUCAAUGAGCACAGAGACACUAGAAGCUCAUCGACCCAAAUCGAGGUUAACGACGAGAGUAAAAGAAAUGUACACCAUGAUCACGUUCUUACAAAGACUAAUGCUUACUCGACGCCAUUCCUCGAUUUGGAACAUGACAAAAAAAACGGCAUCGUCUACGAUCAUACGAGGACGGUGAUCCGCAAAAAGAAUCGCGAGGAGGGGCCUUCGUCCCUGCAUAAGAAUCUUUUUCACAAAUUUUUGACAAAGCUCAUUUUCAGGUUCAUCGAGAAGGAAAAGGUUGCCGGAAGUGUGAGGCAGGGAAAGUUCAAUAACAGUAAUAAUGAGAUUGCCAAUCAUGAACCAAUUUUUGAAAAAAUUCCAGUUCAUUCGGACGAUCCGCUACAGAAUCUGGUUUUGUCGGAGGAUUUGGCUUUAGUUCCCAAUCUCAAUUACUAUUUCAACCAGUACAAUAUCCAAAUAGAGGAGUUUCGAUUAGAGACUGAAGACGGAUUUGUUAUAGAUUUGUGGCAUUUGAUACCAAAAUACAGCACGACAGAUUCUGACGAGAAGAAGAAGCCACCAAUUUUGAUGUUACAUGGUCUUUUGCAAAGUAGUGGCUCGUUUGCAUCCAAUGGUAGAAAAUCCCUGGCAUAUUUUCUGUAUCAGUCCGGUUACGACAUAUGGUUAGGAAAUAACAGAUGUGGGUUUAGGCCUGAAUGGAACGAUGCGAAACUACCAACGGUAGCUUCUAAGUGGGACUGGGAUCUUCGCGAAAUGGUUAAGUAUGAUCUAACUUUACUAAUUGAUACUGUCUUAUCUAAGACGCAGUUCGAAAAACUUACUUUGAUCUCGCAUUCUCAGGGUACUACGCAGGGUUUUAUGGGCCUGGUCAAUGAAGACAAGUUUUUCCCUCCCGGUUCAGGAUCCAAGGAAUCAUUCUUUACCUCUAAGAUCGCCAACUAUAUUGCUUUGGCCCCUGCAGUGUAUCCAGGUCCCUUACUAAACGAGAAACUGUUUGUCAAUCUCAUGACAAAGGAAAUCGACAAUCCCUGGUUCUUUGGUGAAACAAGUUUUUUCGAAAUAAUGAUGAUCGUAAGAAAUCUAUGUGUUGGUGAGAGUUUGUUUUCCUUUGUCUGUUACACUAUCUUCAACUACCUGUUUGAUUGGAACGAUACCCUCUGGGAUACCGCAUUAAGGGAUCGCCAUUUCCUAUUUUCCCCAGUUCAUGUUUCAGUGAAAUUAAUGCAAUGGUGGCUGUCGCCCGACCCUAACAAAAUAAGUUUUAAGUUCGGUUCCCAUAAGAUGUUUCCUGAUAACGUUAAAUGGUUUUCAGACGCAUCGAAAGCUCCAAACAUCUACUUGUUUGUUCCGAAGCAAGAUAGAUUGGUGGAUGGUGAAAGAUUAAUCAAUCAUUUCGUUAACGUAGAGUCAAAUGUCAACUACAAGAUCUGGUACAUCGAUGAGUAUGCUCACAUCGAUGUUCUAUGGGCACAUGACGUCAUAGAAAGAAUUGGGAAACCAAUUUUACAGAAUUUGAAUAACUAUUACUCCAAGAAGCCAUCUAGUGCGUUUGAAAGUGAUUGUUCCGAUACAGAGGUGGAAACAGAGUUGGAGAUGGUUAAUGAGAAGGCUUGA